CUGGCUCGUCCGUGACCGACACAUCUCUAGUCCCAUCACAGUGUUGUUGGUGUUGUUUGGACUGACUUCACAUCCUCUCACCGAGUCCGACAUCCGUAUUUACGGAGAGAUGGCGGCGCAGACAGACCGCGGUGUCCCGCUCAGUACGCUUUGUCCCAAGUAUCUUCAUACAAAUUCCACCAGCCACACCUGGCCCUUCGGCGCCAUAGCUGAGCUCAUAGACAAUGCCUACGAUCCAGAUGUCAGUGCCAAACAUUUCUGGAUUGACAAGAUUGUGGUCAAAGAAGAAGAAUGCCUCAGCUUUAUGGAUGAUGGAAAUGGGCUGGACCUUGAAACAAUGCAUAAGAUGCUCAGCUUCGGCUACAGUGACAAGGUUCCUGUGAAGGGUAUAAAGCCAAUCGGUAUGUAUGGCAACGGUUUCAAGUCUGGAUCUAUGCGUCUCGGCAAGGACGCCAUCGUGUUUUCGAAGUCAAAGAGUGUGUCAUGUGUUGGGAUGCUCUCUCAGACCUACCUGGAAAAGACUGGUGCUAACCAAAUAAGCGUACCUAUUGUCUGCUUUGAACAGAGAGAGCCAAACAAGUUCAGUGUAAGAGAGGAGCACAAAGCCAGUCUGCAGGACAUCCUAGACCAUUCCCCUUUCAAUACACAGGAAGAAUUGCUCCUUGAGGUCGAUGCCAUCAGUUCCAACCAGUCCACAGGGAAAACUGGCACACGGAUCAUCAUCUGGAAUCUCCGCAGGACAUCUACUGGAUCAACAGAGUAUGAUUUUUCGAAGGACCGUUACGACAUCCGAAUUCCAUCAGAUGUCUACGAGGAAAUGAUUGACACUUCUCAACAUGCAGACAGGUUGACGCCAUACAUCCCGCAGAGUUGUUACUCACUGCGGGCAUAUUGCUGUAUUCUCUACCUGAAGCCUCGGAUGCAGAUCAUCAUACGCGGUCAAAAGGUGAAAUCUGAGCUCAUUGCUAAGAGUCUGGCCUCGGUCAGAAAGGACUCGUACAAGCCCACGUUCCUGUCGAAAGGCAUUCGUAUCAUUUUUGGGUAUAACACCAAAAGUAAAGACCAGUAUGGCAUUAUGAUGUAUCACAAGAAUCGGCUCAUCAAAGCCUACGAGCGUGUGGGCUGCCAGCUUCAGGCAAACAACCAGGGUGUUGGGGUCAUUGCGGUCAUAGAGUGUGACUAUCUGGAACCUACCCACAACAAACAGAGUUUUAAUGAGACAGAUAAGUACAGGAAAACGAUGAACAAUUUGGGGACCAAACUGAAGGAAUACUGGAAUGAAAUGCGCUACAACAGAACCAGAGACCAUCCAAACAGCACCACACCAGUGGAAGAUACCAUGAAGCGACCAGAUCAAAACUGGGUGCAGUGCGAGGACUGUUCGCGCUGGCGAAAACUCCCUGAUGGGAUUGACUGCGAAAAGCUGCCAGAUAAAUGGUACUGCCGUAUGAACCCUGAUCCUCAGUUCAGGAACUGCCAGGUGGAGCAGGAGCCCGUGGACUCAGAUGAUGAGCAACCUUCAUACCGCAAGACCUAUAAACAACAAGAAAGGGAAGACAGAAGAAAGAGUCAAUUGAGAGAAAUACAACAGGCUGAGGCGGCUCGUUUGGCUCUUCUCGCCAAGCCAAAACAGGCCCCUAAACGACUGCAGGUUACUGGCCGUUCCCCCUCCACCCCAACUACCCCAAAGAGACGGUUUAACACUGUAUCAAUACAAGGGGGUGCUGUGAGGGCUGAAUCCUCGCCACUGAUGCCCGCCCCCCUUUCACAAGCUGCUUGCAGCCCCUCCAGUAGUGGUGGUCUUCCAGUUAUUACUAAUGUAUGCUCACUGUCACCAGGCCUCCUGAGGGGGAAAAGAACACAGCCUGUUACUUCACAAACAACGCCCAAAAGACCUAAAAUGAAUGGCGUCCAUCAGGGCAACUUGGAUACAUCCACAUUAAUGGAUGUGAGCCCACAGAGCUCCCCGUCACUGCUCAUUGAUAAUAAUGAUAAUAAUAAUGAUGAUGAUGAUGAUGAUGACACGGAUGAUGACAUUUCCAUCUUGGAGGCCGCCAGUACCCCAAAGCCAAAAAAGCCAGAUUUGACUAAAGUGAAGACAGAGCAAGAUCAAAGUGAUGAUAGCAUGAACAGGCCGCCCAGCUUCAACGACGAUGCUGCCGUGGAUGACGCCUCGGAGACGUUUGUUGCAGGAACGGGCUCUGCAGGGUCUGCCAAUCCCUCCCCAGAGCCACCUUCAGAGGUGGCGAGCAGCACCACCCAGACAGAAGUACCCAAAGUGAAGAAGGAAGAGGAGGACCAAAAUCAAACUGCAGGGCAGAGUACGUCAGCACAAACAUAUGUGGCCAUCGGUGUCUGCAGCACUGAGCAAAUUGUAAUCAAGCGAGAGAGCGGUGGAGACGCUCACAGUGAGAAUCAGGGAAAGCAGACCUUGCAGAACGGAGGGACGCAUCAUCUGGAUAGUGAAGAAGGUGCUGGACCUUCCUGUGCAAAUGUCGGUGAUGGGAACGACUCUCCACUUAACUACCCUAGUGUGACUGCAGUACAGGAACAGCAGGAACAGCAGGACCAGCUCCUAUACCUUAUGCAGACUACAGCAGAAGAGAGAGACUCCUUUAAAGAGCAGGUCCAAAUACUUACCUGCCAACUGCAAGACAUGCAGAGCAGACUCCAGGAACUGUCUCAGAUCAAUGUAAAGAAGGAGUGUUCUCACCAGGCCAGCCAGACGGAGGAACCCGAGGGUGGGAAGGACUACAAAGGUCUGUUUGAGAAGGCUAAACAGAAAGUCGAUGAACUGAUUAAGGAAAAAGAGCUUUUACUGGCAGCCACUGAGACCAAGCCCAGUACUGCCCGAGGUGAGGAAAAGGACAUUGAUGAGAUUGCACUGCAAGUUGACUGUCUGAUGCGGGAACUGGAUGAAAGAAACAACGAGAGGGAUGAACUGCGCUCACAGUUGGACAGUCUGGAGGAGGAAAGGGCAAACCUGGCAUCCCAGUGUGAAGAGCUCAGGUUGAGCCUGCAGCAGCAGGGGGAAAACGCACAAGAGAGAAGCACAACUCCACACACAGCCACUGAUUCUACUGUGCAAACAGAUCCAGAGGAGGCAGGGGCGACGGCGAACCCUGGCACAGAUUCAAACACAGCCUCAGAUACAUCCAGAAGUUUGAUUGAGCUGAGGCACAACGUCGGGCGCCUUCUCAUCUCCUACGUGCCUGCUCUGGACCUGGAGCUGGACCAAGUGAAUUAUGAAUGUAAUGUAAUUGAUGAGAUCCUAGAACAGGUUCUCACCAGCGAGGCAGAGGGACAGUACAAUACAUGAAUAAACAAA